AUGAGCGGCGACAGCAGGCAACUGAAUCUGGUCGGAUCGUCGCAGGGGCGCGAGGCUUCGCUUGGACGGCUCCGAUACACGCUCGGUGGCGGCUCACCUCCGUCCGCGCCCAAGGGCAAGAUCGCCUACGUCGAGAUCCAUCACGGCGACUCGAAAGAAAUUCUUGGCGAUACCGCCCUCAUCAUCCGCGCCCUCAUCAGCAACGGCGACCUUCGCGACGUCAACGCAACCUUGGCUCCCGUGCAGUGGGCGCACGACCUCGCCGUGAGGUCCAUGAUGGAGGAUAGGGUGUACUUUUACGGUGUCAGGGAGAAAAUGCUGCUUGUCGGAUGGCUGGCACGUCGACGGGUUACGGUCGGGCUACACGGCCCGGGCGCCGGACGCCUGACUGGCGAGGAGGUGCUCACGUUCCAAGAGGAAGCAUGGGAGGCCGUCAACGCCCUCCUCAGCAAGGCGAGGCAAUCAGUUGGCGGAGAUGGCCUUUUUUGGAUUCUGGGCGGAUCAGAACCUACCGAAGUGGAUGCGACCAUGUAUGGCUUCAUCGUUGGAGCGCUCGUUUGUGACGCCGCCCCCGUGACGGCAGAUAUUGUGAAGGCAUACCCCACGGUUAUACAGUACGCGGAACGAAUUCAUGAACGGUACUUCCCAGAUUAUCAGAGGUGGUAG